AACAAUCUAGGUAUCCUGUGGUCUGAAAGGGAUGAAAUUAAAACUGCGCAGACUUACUUGGAAUCUGCAGAAGCCUUGUAUAAUCAAUACAUGAAAGAGGAUGGAAAUCCUCCCCUGGAUCCCAGUGAACAUUUCAUGUCAGAAGAGGAAAAACUCACAGACCAAGAAAGAUCCAAAAGAUUUGAAAAAGCCUAUACACAUACUCUGUAUUACCUGGCACAAGUCUACCAACACCUGGAGAUGAUUGAGAAGGCUGCUCAGUAUUGCCAUACUACCCUUAAACGACAGCUUGAGUAUUGUGGCUACUACCCGGUAGAAUGGGCGCUCAAUGCUGCUACUUUGUCACAGUACUAUCUCUCUAAGCAAUGCUUUAUGGAGUCCCGACACUGUUUAGCAGCAGCCAGUGUCAUCUUUAGCCAAGCUGGACAGGUGCCAUCUGCUGAAGACAAUGAAACAGAGCAAGACCAACAGGACCUUCGACAAAGAAAAGCUGAAAUUGCAAGAUGUUGGAUUAAGUAUUGCCUGAAUCUUCUGCAAAGUGCUCAGAAAUUACUUGAGGAUAACAUAGGAGAACUGGAUCCAGACAGGCAAUUGGAACUUAAAGCCCAAAGGAAGAAGGAGGAGGAUGAAAAAGAGAAGGGCAGGAAGAAAGCUGUCCUUUUUGGGACGAGUGAUAUAUGCGACUCUGUCUUAGCCAUGGAAGAGAAAGUGAGCAGCGUAUAUCCUUUAGAUUUUCAAGAAGCCAGAGAAAUCUUCCUAGUUGGUCAGAACUAUGUUCAGGAAGCAAAAGAGUUCUUUCAGGUUGAUGGUUAUGUUACUGACCAUAUUGAAAUUGUUCAGGAUCACAGUGCUUUGUUUAAGGUACUUGCUUUCUUCGAAGAAGACUAUGAGAGACGUUGCAAAAUGCACAAGCGUAGAAUAGACAUGCUGGAGCCUAUAUAUGCAGACUUGAAUCCUCAGUACUAUCUGUUGAUUAGUAGGCAGCUUCAGUUUGAACUAGCUGACACCUAUUACGAGAUGAUGGAUUUAAAGGUAGCUAUUGGUAACAGGUUAGAGGAGCUAGACUCCCACACAAUUAAAAAAAUUAAUUCUCUGGCUCAAUUAGCAAUCAAAUAUUAUGAACUCUUCUUAGAUUCUUUGAGGAACCCAGAUAAGGUGUUUCCUGAAGAGCUUGAGGAAGAUGUUCUUCGCCCUGCAAUGGUGGCUAAAUUUCAUAUUGCACGACUAUAUGGUAAGCUUAUUACAUCAGAUAGCAAAAAGCAAUUGGAAAAUAUGCAGACAUCAUUGGAAUAUUACACAUUUCUGGUAGACUAUUGUGAGAAGUACCCAAAUGCUGUUCGCGCUGUUGAAACUGAACUAGAACUCAGUAAGGAGAUGGUGGGUCUUCUUCCAACAAGGAUGGAGAGGCUGAGAGCAAAACUGUGUCCGUUCAUAUAAAUACUUGCCUUGAAGGAAAUGUGCACUAUUAAAAUGUUAUCUGUCCAAACCAGUGCUGUCAGACAGCUUCCAUGCUGAUUGAUAGAACUAAGGUGUGUACAGUCUGGCAGUCCACCUAGAGCCCACAGUAGUAUAUCUUCGUGAGAAACUCUGAGCUCUUCAGUUCAGUAGCUCACCCACACUAAUGGUGUAACCUUUAAAUGUAAAGUGAUGUCCAGCUAAUGCUUUGUGUUGUUUGUCCAUGUAAACCUUUUCUCCCCUAGGGCUUUUUCCUUUGGCAUAUGGUUCAGUUUCUAAAUGUAGUGCUGUAUGAAAAUUGUUUCUUUUAAGAGAAUCUGUUUCUCUAGGAAAAUUUUUCUAAGAAACCUGAGGCACUUUCUUCCAACUAGAAUAUAUUUUCUCUCUUCUAACCUUUGUCCCCAGAAAACUUUGUCAUUAUGAAGAGAACUUUGUUAUUUUCUGUAUUUAUUUUGUAUGUUGCUCAGUGUUUUCUUUUCCCACUUGUUAAUAAAAACCUAGUUGAUAGAGGCUCAAUAAAUGGACUAGCUUGGCUAAAAGUU